AUGAGCACAGGCUUCAAGAUUCCUGCGCACCUCAGAGCGCUACCCCAACUGCCGGGCGUGGAGUUCGAGCGAUGUGUCAUGGACGCGUUCCGGACCGCAAUCGCACAACUCAUAGCGGAGGCUCUCCCAGAAUUGACGACCGAACAAGUGCUCGAGGCUGUGGACUAUGGAAAGAAGGACGAAGACUUCACUGUGCAUCUUGGUCGGUUCAGGUUGCCUGGCAAGUUGGAUGUCCAUAACCAGAAGGUCUUGAGCAAGAUGGGGCUUCCUCCAUUUCACCCUCUGCACCACACCAUGAACCGCCUGGUCCUUGACCAAGUGUACACCCUCACGCAUGCCACGCCGUCAGGCCAGGCAGAAUAUGGCUCCAACACGUCGGGCCAGGGAAAGCGUGUCAUAAUCGAGUACUCUUCGCCGAAUAUCGCAAAACAGUUCCACGUCGGGCACUUGCGAAGUACCAUCAUCGGCGGAUUCCUCGCCAACCUGUACAAGGCGUGCGGCUGGGAGGUCAUCUCGAUGAACUACCUGGGCGACUGGGGAACACAGUUUGGCCUGAUCGCUGUGGGCUUCAACAAAUACGGCUCGCGAGAAGAGCUCGAAAAAGACGCCAUCAAGCACCUCUUCGAGGUCUACGUGAAGAUCAACGCCGAUGCGGCAAAGGACCCGUCUGUGAAGGUCGAUGCGGCGGCGUUCUUCAAGCGAAUGGAGGACGGUGACGAGACCGCGCUCGCGGACUGGCGGAUGUGGCGUGAACUCUCGGUGAAGAAGUACGAGGAGGACUACGCACGGCUGAACGUGCACUUUGACGUGUACACGGGCGAGAGCCAGGUCGGGAAGGAGAGCCAGAACGAGGCGCUUGCACGGUUGGAGCAGAUGGGGCUCAUAGAGGACACCGACGGCGCGAAACUUGUGAAUCUGGAGGAGUACAAGCUCGCGAGGGCGGUCGUGCGGAAAAAGGACGGGACGUCGAUCUACCUGACGCGCGACAUCGGCGGCGCGAUGGAGCGCUACGAGAAAUACAAAUUCGACAAGAUGCUGUACGUCAUCUCGACGCAGCAGGACUUGCACCUAAUGGAGCUCCCAUGGGCGGACCGCAUCGAGCACAUCAACUACGGCCUCGUGCUCGGCAUGAGCACGCGCAAGGGCACCGUCGUCUUCCUUGACGACAUCAUCCGCGAGGCCGGCAGCGUCACGCACGAGCACAUGCGCAAGAACGAGGACAAGUACCAGAACAUCAAGGAACCGGAGGUGGUCUCGCAGGAGGUCGGCAUCUCUGGGAUCAAGGUCCAGGACAUGACCGCGAAGCGAAUCAACAGCUACACCUUCAACUGGGACCGAGUGCUCUCCGCCGAGGGCGAUACUGGGCCAUACCUCCAGUAUGCGCACGUCCGCAUAUCGUCCAUCACGCGAAAUAACCCAGAACUGCUCCCGCUGCCCCCGACAUCCGAGAUCAAGACGGAGCUGCUCACGGAGCCCCCUAAGCACGAGUCGAGCGAGGUGACGACGUUCGCGUUCCGCCUCUCGCAUGCGAUCUCGCAGGCGUGGAUGCCGAUCAAGGUCAAGGGCGAGCCAGACCUUGAAAAGGCGCGGGCCCGGAUGUGGAUGUACCUGCGCGCGAAGGAUGUGCUCGCGUCGGCGAUGCGGCUCCUGACGCUGAGGCCUGUGGAUUACAUGUAG